AUGUCUAGGUUGUUGCAGCCAGAUACCAACCCCAAGAUAUCCUCUCAAGUUAAAACUGUCCAUCCGCUUCUAGGAGUCUCAAACUUCGAUCGACUAGGCCUCGGAAUUACCUGGCGCAAUACACUUAAAGCCUCGGCUCUGCUCUCGCUUGUUGACCAGCAUGUAUCACUACCAGGCGUUUUCCCGGCGGCUGGAUAUGUCAAGAUUGUUGCUGAAGCAUCUCUGAAACUCUCUGGAUCAAAAGUUCUGCGAAAAUUUGAACUUGACGAUUUCUUUGUCGAAAAUGACAUGAGUUUAGCGAGAGAUGAGGACCAAGUUCAAAUUACCGUUGAACUUCAGUCAACUGGUAGCCAUGAGAGACAUGGAGAUAGGACAGAUUUCAUUAAUUUUCGAAUUAGAUCAGACUGCGCUGGCUUGAAAAAGUUGAAUGCACUGGGAUGCCUGCAUUUGAGAAGUUCCGAUGGGUACAAAAGCUUGUCUUUAGCAACGGCAACCCACCCGAAGCUACUCAACGAAAAAGUUACCCAAGACGCGCAACCAUCUUCAAAAAUUAUUAAAAGUCUUCCAAUGUCCUUUGGUCAAUCUGGGUUUUGGUUCAUGACGCAGUUUAUCGAAGAUCCAACUUUUUUUAACGGGACUGUUUCAUUCUUGAUAACGACAAAUCUUGAUAUCGAUGCACUUGCACACAUCGUGCGUGAGAUGGGCAGGCGUCACGAAGGGCUAAGGACGGCAUUUUUCACUGAUGACCACCAACAAGCUAAGCAGGGAGUCUUGGAUGAAUCUCCAUUAUACUUGCAGACGAAAGUAAUCGGGUCUCAGGAUGAAGUACGUGCGGAAAUCGACGCAAUGAACAAUCAUGUGUACGAUCUUGCAAAGGGUGAAACGCUAAGACUCCUGCUUCUCACCGAGUCACCGAUCAGGCAUCAUCUCAUUGUCGGCUACCACCAUAUCAAUAUUGAUGGAAUGAGCAUUAUUGCUAUAACUGAUGACCUCAGGUUAGCCUAUGAGGGGAAGAAGUUGCCACCACCGUUCCAGCAAAAUGAGUUUGCUGAUCGACAACAUGAACGGCUUCGUACAGGGCAAUAUGCUGAAGAUAUUUUGUUCUGGAAGAAUGAGUUCAAGGACCUACCAGAGACUUUACCUAUUCUCCCUCUCUCGCCAAAUACGCUUCGAUCUCGCCCAGCAGUAAGGACAACCUACCGCCACCUAAGGGCAGAGAGUCGGUUAAGCCCUCUGAUUACUGCUAGACUCCACAAACUCCGAAAGCAAGGAUAUAUACAAUCUCCUUUCAACUUUUAUGUGACAGUCUUUCAAGUUCUUCUUGGUCGGUUGGCUGAAUCUGAGGAUAUUUGCAUCGGCGUGGCAAGCGCAAACAGGCAUAACGAUCCAGGUUCUGAUAGCAGCGUUGGCAUAUUCCUGAACCUCUUUCCCCUGCGGUUACGUUCACAACUUUCAAAAUCCUUUGUCUCCCUCCUUGAAGAAAACAAAGCUAAAGGCUUGGCCUGUUUAAACCACUCCGCAGUUCCAUUUGAUAUAAUUCUAGACGAGGUUGGUGCCAUUCGACACCCCUCUCACAGCCCCCUUUUCCAAGCUUUCAUAAACUACAUCCCGACCAGAGAAAAUAGAUCUUUUGGGGAUGGCAUAAUAGAAAACAGGGAAUAUGAAAUUGGGGAGACUAUAUACGAUAUCAUGUUGGCGGUUAUUGACCCACCAGCCGGUGAUCCAUGGAUAGCCAUCAUGACCCAGAAGGAGCUGUAUACGGAAAACGAGGCUCAGAUCUUGUUGGACUGUUUUAUGAAUCUGGUUGACGCUUUCACUGCCGAUAUCCAGCUUCCUGGGCGUCAAGCUCAGAUGUUUAACGACUCUGCGAUUCAAAAGGCAAUUAAGCUAGGCCAAGGGAUUAGUCUUGACACUGAACUUGGGUCUCUCAUUGGACACCUUGACGAUAUCUCGGCCAGACUUCUUGAUCAAAUCGCACUGAAAGAUACCUGUGGAGGCAUGCUAUCUUACGGUGGUAUGAUGGACAAGUCAGCCCAGAUUGCCCAUGCACUUUCCACGUCAGGAAUUCAUCCAAGAUCUCGAAUUGGCGUUCUCCAAGACCCGACUGUAGAUUGGAUAUGCUCUAUGCUAGGAAUCUGGAGAUUUGGGGCCAGUUAUGUUCCCUUGGAAGUCACCCAAGGUAUUGGACGUCUAAGAUCCAUCAUUAACGAUGCCGACCUCACCGCUAUUCUAAUUCACGAUGCGACUCAAAAUAUAUGCAAGGAUAUAGGUAUUGCGGAAGCUACACCCAUAUUCAAUGUUUCCACAAUCGGUGGCAGUAAGGAGGCGACUAGCCUCAGUUUCUAUAACCCUAUUCCUACGGAUGAGGCGAUCGUAUUAUAUACCAGUGGGUCUACAGGCACACCAAAGGGAAUAUCUUUACCUCAUCGAAUGGUAACAAAUACGAUCAAGGGGUUCCUUAAGAGCUUUCCAAUGAAACCUCAAACAGUCCUCCAGCAAAUUGCCCUAAGCUUUGAUGUUUCUUGGUGGCAGUCCUUGCUUGGACUUGCUACAGGCGGAACUGUCGUUAUCGCUGGGAAGGAUGUUCGGAAAGAUCCAUUUGCACUUACUGGCCUUAUUGCUUCUCAAAUGAUCACGCUUACGCUUGCAGUCCCCUCAGAAGCCAUGUCUUGGCUUCAAAACGGCGACUUUCAACAGCUGCGUAAAUCAAGAUGGGAAUGGCACAUAUCUGCAGGUGAGGAGGUUAGGAGCAACCUUGUUGAAAAGCUAAAAGGGUUAGAUAAACCCGACCUGCGAUUCUUGAAUGCCUACGGGCCAGCAGAGACAAUUGUCCCUCAUGCUUAUGAAAUUCCUUAUCGAGAUCCUAGCUUGACUCUCUCCAAUAUACCCAUUGGUAAGGUCUUGCCUAAUUACAGUGUUUACAUCAUGGAUGGAGACAACCAUCCGCUUCCUGCAGGUGUUCCGGGCCAGAUUGUCAUUGGGGGAGCCGGCGUGGCUUCAGGCUAUAUCAACCAACCGGCGCUUACGAUGGCUAGAUUCCCAAAAGAUGCACUCGCUAGCAGUAGGGCCGUAGCGAAUGGGUGGAUUCAUGCGCAUCUAAGUGGUGACCGUGGCUAUAUGCGAGAAGAUGGCGUCUUUGUUACACUGGGCCGUAUGAGCGGCGAUACUCAAGUGAAAUUACGAGGCCAGCGAUUUGAGUUACGAGAGGUUGAAGCAGCCAUGGUAGCUGCCGGGAAAGGUGACAUUUUGGAGGUUGUUGCUCAUAUUCGGCAACUGGACAAGAAAGAUGCUGCUUCUGCUUUCCUGGUUGCGCACGUUGUCCUUGCAACAGAGAUUCAGAAAAAAUAUGGCACAAACGGACCCAUCAUCGACAGCAUGCUCCGGAACAUAAUCUCUGAGCUUGCCUUGCCACAAUACAUGCGUCCGUCAAUCGUGGUAUCCUUGCCAUCCAUGCCUCUAAAUCACCAUGGCAAAGUUGAUAGGAAACACCUCUCCAAAUCACCGCUAAAGGCGGCAACUGAGCCCUUGAAAGUGUCGGCACUCCCUCCCUUAGAUUCGAGCACUCAAUUUCUGCGCGUUAUCGAAGAGAUAUGGAGAGAUAUCUUGGGGGAUCUCGUUGCGGGACAGAAACUAGACCAAAACUCCGACUUCUUCCUUGUUGGCGGUAAUUCGCUACUGUUGAUCAAAGUCCAAAGCAAAAUUAAGGAGAGAAAUGGUCAUAAUAUCCCACUGGUGAGCUUAUUUGAAGCUAGCACUCUAGGAAAAAUGAGUGCUAUACUCGCUGAAAAUCGUGAGCGCUAUGGAGAACGGCCGAAGGGAGGCUCUAGCGAAGAUAAAAUGAAGCAAAUCUGGGUUUCCGUGCUUGGAAAGAUAGUGACUGAGGACAAUCUUGGAUCAGAUUCAGAUUUCUUUCUGGUUGGCGGAAACUCACUGCUUCUUAUUCGCAUACAAACCGAGGUUCACAAAGAUUAUGGUGUUCUUCUUCCGCUGGCCAAGCUAUUUGAAUCAAGUACGCUGGGGGGGAUGUCGAUACUCUUGGAUGCUCUGACAACAGAAGACAAUGUAUUCCAUCAGAAUCUAGCUGAUAUUGACUGGAAAGACGAGGUGGCUUUCAAAGAGCAACUCUCAAGCAUUAUAAUGAAUGGCAAGGAUCGCAAUGCUGUUGAUGACCCCUCAGGUGGAAUUACAGUAGCGUUGACUGGGGCAACUGGAUUUCUCGGCAGGCACAUACUACAGAAACUUGUCAACGAUAGCAUGGUUGAAACAGUGCACUGUAUCGCUGUUCGAGAUGCUUCAAAACCAAUAAUCAACUCCCCCAAAGUCAUCGUUCAUUCUGGUGACCUGAGGGACUCAAGUUUGGGUCUUACUGAGGAUACUGCAAGACACAUAUUUUCCAAGCUUUCUGUGAUCAUUCACAAUGGUGCUGACGUCUCAUUCCUUCGAGCAUACCGGACUCUUCGUGCAGCCAACGUUCUUUCAACUAAAACUCUUGUACACUUGGCCAUUAAAUACGCAGCUGGCAGGCCCCUACCCCACAUUCAUUUUAUCUCAACGGCCGGCGUUGCUCAACUCGGAACGGGUGAAUUGUACGAAGAGUCACUUCCCAUACUCCAGCCUCAGAUGAACGCGAACGGCUAUGUCGUAUCCAAGUGGGUCUCAGAGAAAUAUCUUGAAAAUGCACAAUCAUUUUCCGCGUUGCCCGUCACCAUCCACAGGCCAAGCUAUGUCCUCGGACCUGACGCACCCCAGCUCGAUGUUAUGCAUAAUAUCCUAAACUUCGCGGAAAAGUUGAGAAGUGUGCCUCGAAUGCCAUCUGUAGAUAGGUGGCUGCAGUUUGUGGGAAUUGACGAGGUGGCACUGGAUAUCACAGCCGAAGCGCUUAAGAAAGAAGACCCACAAACAACAAAAGUGCAAUAUCGAAACCACUGUGGCACAGAGAAUGAUUGGGUUCGACUGGAUCAGCUUGGAUUGUAUUUGGAGAGGCAACACGGUGGGGAAUUUCCCAAGGUCGACUUCACACAAUGGAUCAACUCCGCAGGAGUGGCCGGGAUGCCGACUCAGGUGAAGGAAUACCUGAUCAAUCUUGUCACUGAUAAUAAUGCCAGCGACCGGAGUUGGAUCUCUCCACGUGUGCUGAAAGGACCGCGUAAUAUGAAUGCUCCCUGGAGGAGGCAGGGAAGGCUAUAA